CUGUGGACGUUGGAGGUGUGCUGCCUGACACUCCUCCCUCAGUGCUGUGGUGCAUGUUACUGUGGCACUUUGGACCUGUCCCACAGCAUCACUACCUGUACAAGGAUUACAGAAGCUCACUCUUCUCUUUGAGAUUUAAUUCGGCAAGAGAGUUCAGUGGUUGUGGUACACUUAGGCUGCUCCAAAGAGAGUCAGCCAGCCAGCCAGCCAGUGUGUGUGUGUGAAUUAGACGUCAGAGGUCAUCAGCAAGGGUCACCACCACCAUCAGUGCAGCAGCCACCAGUUUGACUACGCUUGGUGCCCGCGAUCACCACGCCACCUCCGCCACUCAUGUGUGCAUCGUUCGCCGUCUAGUCCACACCAGUCACCAUGAAGAUCAUUCACUUGUACGGAAUAUGUUUAUUAAUACUAUUUGCGGUCGUUUGUCCAGGGGACGCCGAGGCUCAGUCUGAUCCUCGGGGGGCGGGCGGCGUCGUCUACGGUCGGUCCUACGUUCCGUCUACUAACAGGCGGGGCAGAGACCGAGGCCGAUCCCGCCAAACUUCCUCAGCCAUUUCUUCUUCCUCCUCCUCCUCUUCCACCUCGGUGACGGGCCCGGAUGGGGUGACCCAGGAAACUGUGAGUUACACAUCCUACGGCAGCCCCGGCUCGGGCGCCCACAACACCUCCCACACCUACACUACCGUCAAUUCAGAGACUGACUCCACAGGUCAAAGUAGCGAUACCGGUUCUUCUUCCACCUCCUCUGUCACUUCUUCCUCCCGACGGUCAUCCUCUAGGCGUGGCUCCUCGAGAUCAAAAUCUAGAUCGAGAUCACGAGGUCGAGGGAGGAAGGUAGAAAAGGCAGUGGAGGAGGAGGGGGAGGAAGAGACUCCAUCUGUUGUGGAUAAGUCGUACUUCAACCGGCAUCGCGGGCAGACCGAAGACGGUCAAGACUAUUUUCGCUGGAACGGUCAUGAAUAUACGGGUGUCCGCCGCCCAGGGUCGUCCAUCUCACGGCGCGUUAAGACCACUAAAACCACCACCACUACCACCACCCAAACACGUCCAGGCUCAUCACUCACCACCUACACUUACACAGUUCCCGGGAGCUCGAACGUGACCACCUACAGGAACACCACCACCUAUUCUUCCCGUGUCCCAGGACAGUCCACCUCGUUGGAGAGCCAGAGAGGCUCCUCGUCCUCACACUCCUCCAACACACGCUACGAGACUUCUUACAACCGUCGCUAUGACUCCCGUGGCGGUGGCUCCACCAGCUCCUCUUCCUCCUCCACCAGCGGAGGCAUCAGUGGAGGAGGUGGUGGCGGUGGCUCCACCAGAUCCUCUUCCUCCUACACCAGCGGAGGCAUCAUCAGUGGAGGAGGUGGUGGUGGCAGUAGACAGAGGGGUGAUGUGGGAUUUGGUGAGAGUUACCACAGGAACACCGAGGAGGAGCAACACACACUGGACUAUGAAGAAGAGGACUACGAUGAGGAGUUCGCCCGCGGCCCCAUCAUCUCUGAGGUGGACAGCAAGCAUCCCUUCGUCGUGCGAGGGUUUGGCGCCUCGUCAGGUUAUGGCCAGAGGUCAUCCCACCCAUGUGACCAGAGUUCCUGCUAUCCUGCCACUGGUAACCUGCUUAUAGGUCGUGAGAAGAGCCUCUCUGCUAUAUCCACCUGUGGUCUCUACAGGAGGGAGCGAUACUGCAUUGUGUCUCAUCUGAAGGACCGGAAAAAAUGUUUCUGGUGUGAUUCUCGACCCCGGUUUGAUGGCAGCCCUCAAUACUCGCACAAGAUUGACAACAUUGUGUAUAGGUUUGAUCGCCGUACUCAGCGGCGGUCAUGGUGGCAGAGUGAGAAUGGCGUAGAGGACAGCAGCAUCCAGUUGAACUUGGAGGCAGAGUUUCAUUUUACACAUCUUAUCAUCACAUUCAGAACCUUUAGACCUUCUGCCAUGCUUAUUGAAAGAUCAUUUGACUUCGGGAAGACAUGGAAGGUGUAUCGGUACUUUGCUUAUGACUGCAAUGAUGCCUUCCCAGGAGUUCCCCAGGGCCCUCCAACCUCCAUCAAUGAUGUAGUUUGUGAGUCUCGAUAUUCAGCUGUUGAACCGUCCACUGAGGGUGAAGUGAUCUUCAGAGUACUGCCACCAAAUAUUGAGAUAGAGAAUCCAUACAGUGAUGAAGUUCAGAACUUGCUCAAAAUUACUAACCUGCGAGUGAACUUCACCAAACUUCAUACACUCGGUGAUCAACUUCUGGAUAACCGAAGAGAGAUAAAGGAAAAAUACUAUUAUGCCAUAUAUGAUAUGGUGGUGAGAGGAUCAUGUUCCUGCUAUGGUCAUGCAUCUCGGUGUCUGCCGCUGGAAGGUGUAGAAGAUCGACCAGAUAUGGUACAUGGGCGCUGUGAGUGCACACACAACACAAAAGGUCUUAAUUGUGAAAACUGUGAAGACUUUUAUAAUGACCUUCCUUGGAGACCGGCUGUUGGACAGGAAUCGAAUGCAUGUAAAAGAUGUAACUGUAACAACCAUGCAUCAUUUUGUCACUUUGAUCCUCAAGUGUAUGAAGACACAGGCCGAAUCUCAGGUGGCGUGUGUGACGAUUGUUCUCACAACACUCAGGGUCGCAGCUGUGAAGAAUGUGUACCUUUCUAUUAUCAAGAUCCCAGCAGAGAUAUACGUGAUGCUGAAGUUUGCCAACCCUGCAACUGUGAUAACCGGGGCUCAAUAGACAAUGCCAUAUGUGAUUCUCGCACUGAUGUUGCCAGUGGUCUGUUGGCUGGCAGGUGCCACUGUAAGACUUAUGUUGAUGGCCUCAAGUGUGACCGCUGUAGGGCUGGAUACUGGAACUUCUCAGCAGAAAACCCAGAAGGAUGUCAGAGAAUCACAGAAGAUUAUUAUUCACAACCAAAAUCAGAAUGGCCUCGUAAACCUUGCUCGUGUGAUCUUCUUGGAACUGUUAAUAACAUGGGCUGCAAUGUCCAAACGGGCGAGUGUUCUUGUAAGCGCUUUGUGACUGGACGAGAUUGUAACCAGUGUUUGCCUCAACAUUACGGCCUCUCAGAGCACCCAGAUGGUUGUCAGCCUUGUAACUGUGAUAAGGGCGGCUCACUGGACAAUAACUGUGAUGUUCUCAAUGGCCAGUGCAAGUGUCGCCCGCACGUGUCUGGUCGUCGCUGUGACGUCCCUGAAGAAGGUUACUAUGUGGCAACACUCAACUACCUCACUUAUGAAGCUGAACUUGCUAGAGGAUCUGAGCUUUAUUGUGAGGAGGCGAGUCUGUAUGACGCCAGACAGUCCAGUGGAAGUAACUGCCAAGUUGUGAUGAGAGAACCAUACCGUGAUGGCCGGGAGACCACCUGGACGGGCUUGGGUUUCAUGCGAGUGUUCGAGGGUUCCUACCUUGAAUUUGAGGUUGAGAACAUUGAAACUAGUAUGGAAUAUGACCUUGUGCUUCGCUACGAACCUCAGUUCCGUGGAGACUGGGAGAACAUUAUGGUGACAGUGGAGCGUCCUGAACCUAUUGAUCCAACUGGACCUUGUGGUAACAGCAGACCCAUUGAUGACCAGAUGAUUAUUAGUCUGCCAGAUAGUCGUCGGCAAGUAACACUGUUCCCACCUGUGUGUUUGGAGUCUGGCAAACGUUACAAAAUACGAGUUGACUUCAGACGAUCAAAUGCUCGCACAGAUUCUCCCUCGGCAUCCAUCCUCGUAGACUCUAUUAUGUUGAUUCCCAGAGCUGAAAAACUUCCAUUCUAUUCUGGCUCCUUUGAAAAUGAUGAUCUUCGUUAUGAGUACGAGCGAUACCGGUGUAGUGAAAGCUUCUAUGACGGCCAGGGUGUUGCCACGGUCCCUGAAGUCUGCAGAGACAACCACUUGGACAGUAUUGGCUUCUAUGUAUAUGGACAGGCUUUCUCCUGUCAGUGUGAUGGAACAGGGAGCUACAGCAGCAUCUGCAGUUCACUAGGUGGUCAGUGUGACUGCAAACCCAAUGUUGUUGGGCGCCGUUGUGAUCGCUGUGCGCCAGGCACUUUCGGUUUUGGUCCUGAAGGUUGUAAAGCCUGUGGCUGCAGUCCUGUUGGAGCUUUAGACAACUUCUGUGACCAGCAGACAGGUCAGUGUAAAUGCCGUCCAAACACGUAUGGUCGUCAGUGUGAUGAGUGUCAGCCUGGGUUCUGGAACUUUCCCAACUGUCAGCGAUGCGAGUGUAAUGGCCAUGCUGACACUUGUGACUCCUACACAGGUGUCUGUCAUGAAUGUCGAGACAAUACCAGUGGACCAAACUGUGCUCUGUGUAUUGAUGGCUUUUAUGGUGAUCCACGCUUGGAUGUGGGCAUUGCAUGUAGAAGGUGUCCAUGUCCUGGAACUGUAGAUUCUGGUCACAGUUUUGCUGAUCGCUGCUCCCUCGACCCUCGAACCAAAGAUGUUGUGUGUGAAUGUGAAGUAGGUUAUGCUGGAGCCCGUUGUGAUGUAUGUGCAGAUAACUACUUUGGUAACCCUGAGAUCUCUGGCGGUAGUUGUCAGUCGUGUAAUUGUAACAACAACAUUGAUAUCUCUCGCCCUGGUAAUUGUGAUAAACAUACUGGGGAGUGUCAGCAAUGUCUCUUCAACUCCUUUGGUUUCUACUGUGAACGCUGUCAGCCUGGUUUUUAUGGCGAUGCUCUCCACCAACAAUGCAGAGAAUGUGUAUGCAAUAUUCUGGGUUCUAAUCAGACUAUUGGAGUAUGUGACCAUGAGACAGGGCAGUGUCCUUGUCUUCCUAAUGUGUUAGGACUGGAGUGUGAUCACUGUGCCCCUAACCACUGGAAGAUUGCUUCAGGCAUGGGUUGUGAGGCUUGUGCCUGUGAUCCUGUUGGUUCUUAUUCCGAUCAGUGCAACGAGCAGUAUAGACAAGGCUAUGGUGGCCAUAGCAAUUCUUUUGAUGGAAUAUGUGAAUGCCGCCCAGGGUUCGGUGGCCGCCAGUGCAAUCAAUGCCAAACCAACUUCUAUGGCAAUCCCCGGAUAGAAUGCUUAGCAUGUAAUUGCAACUUUGAAGGCUCGGAAACUCUUCAGUGUGACCAUGACACUGGACGAUGCAAGUGUCGAGAAGGUAUUGGUGGAAACAAAUGUGAUGAAUGUGCACGAGGUUUCACUGGCAGGGCUCCAUACUGCCAGCCUUGUGGAGAGUGCUUCGACAAUUGGGAUUUAAUACUCAAAGAGCUAAAAGAACGCACAGAAUCCCUGAUUCAUGCAGCUGGAGAAAUCAAGCAAACAGGAGCAACAGGUGCAUACAGUCAUGAGUUUGAAUCAAUGGAAGAGAAGAUUGAUGAUGUGAGAGAUAUAUUACUAUCAGCCAACAUGACAUCUGACAGUUUGGUGUCCCUGGAGGAUGUUAUCGCACAACUCAGUGCAAAUCUGUCUUCUGCUGCGGCUGACCUCCAAGGGCUAGAACAAGGAGUGGACAACACCACACAACGUAUCUCCCUGGCUACAAAUGCUCUUGCUGACCUUCGGCUACAGGCAGAAGAACUUCGGAAUCAAGCUGGUGAUCAGAAGGAAGAGGCAACUAAAUUACAGGAGGCCAAUGUUGAAGGAGCAUUGAAUUUGACCCGACAUGCUGGGGAGAGGUCACGUGCUGCACAAGAACGAGUUGAAUUUACUCGGGUUAUUGUGUCUGAAUCUGAACGCAACCGCCGAAGGACUGAAAAUCUCCUCCUCCAUGCUGGUGAUCGCUUCAACCGUACACAGGAUGAGAAUGAAGCAAAUUUGGCGUCACUUAGUGAAUUAUUAGAUGAUAUGGACGAUGGCAUGCCUGAUCUCAAUGAGCAGGUGUGUGACCGGCGUGGUGAUCCAUGUGACACCUACUGUGGGGGCGCAGGUUGUGGCAAGUGUGGUGGACUCUCCUGCAACGAUGGUUUAGUGAACAUUGCUGAAACUGCACUCAAGUUUGCUGAUGAUGCAGAAGAAACACUAAAAAAGAAAGAAGCAUCAGCAGAUGAGCUGUUGAGAGGUGUCUCGGGUGCUAAGCGUCAGUCUGAUAUUGCCUUUGACUUAGCCAAAAUGGCCUUUAGUAUGACCUUUGAGGCUCGCAAUAUGACGGACUCAUAUAAAGCUGCUAUCUCUAGGCUCAUUGAAGAAAUCCAAGAAUACUUCAGUACACCAGGAGCUAAACCCAAGGAAAUUAGGAUAAUAGCUGAAGAGGUUCUGGGUCUUGAUAUUUCCCUAAAACCAGAGCAGAUAACUGACUUAGCUGAAAGGAUUACACUCACCAUCGAAUCUCUUACAAAUAUUGAUGCCAUUAUUGAUGCUACCAGGAAUGAUUUAGCCUCUGCAGUAGAACUCAAAGAACGAGCUGACCAGGCCAAGAAGAAGGCUGAAGAAACGUUGAAUGUAGCCGAGCGUGUAGUAGAAGCCCUGGAUGAGGCCGGUGUUGCCCAAGAUGCUGCAGAAGAGGCUGUCAUGAAAGCUAGUAAUGACAUAGACAUCACUCAGACCCAUCUUACACAGAUUGCAAGUGAGACUAGUGAUGCUCAGGUGAAAGCAAACUCUUCUCUUAAAGAGGUACAACGCUUAGAAGAUCGUGUGGAGGAGGUGAAGCUUCAGUACAAGAUCAAUCAACGUCAUCUUGAAGACACAACAAAUGUUGUCAGUCAAGCAGCUCUUAAGUCCCAACGUGCAGCUAAUGAUGCUAGACAACUUGAAGAUAAAUACUUGACUGUAGAAGAAAGUUUGGUGUUGAAGUCCAAAGCAGCUGAGGAUGCCAGACGUAGAGCUGAAGAUCUCAAGAAGAGGGCAAAUAAAUUGGCAUCAGAGGCGUUUUCUAAAUUAGACACUCUUAAUGAGAUAGAAGAAGCCUUCCAGAGCAAUGAACAAAUACUUGAGAAUUAUGAAGAAGAAAUUCGACGAAUGGAAAUAAGCAUGGUGGAAUAUCAUGAGUACAUUUUAAAGAAGACAGAAUUCUAUGCCACAUGUCAUUCUGGAACUCGCUGAUAUUCAUUUUCUCAUUAGUAAGAUGAAUCUAGAGACAGAAGAUCUGUGGUAAAGACCACACAGUAAGCUGUAUGGUAAGUUUGGGGGCAAAUAGUUCAUAAUUUUGACAUUUUUUAUUUUAUUUUUUUUUUUUGCUUUAUUUACUAAAUUUUUGAUGUACAAAAAAUAAAAUAAAAUACUGGACACAUUACCAUUCUUCACAUAUUAAGUAAACCCGUAACAAAGUAAUAUUGAGGUCCAGAUAUAAAACAUGACGUAGUAGCUGAGUAAAACUGAAUGGUGGACAAUGUUCAGAUGGUAUGGAAAUAUUUGGUCAUCUUUAAGUGUGCGAGAUAUUUAGAGCACUACUGGUACGUAAACUGUAGAGAAAUGUGGUUGAGUAUGCAUUUUUUUAUACUACCUUAUCUGAUUAAUUUAUUUUUAUAUACAUAUAUAUAAAUAUAUAUACACACAGUAUAUAUGUGUAUGUAUAUAUGUGGCUCACAUCUGCUGAACUCCAUUAAUUUAAAUUUUAAAUAAGUUUAAAACAUAUGAUAAUGUUUAUAAUUCUCAAAAUCGUUAAAACUUUUUCAGGUAAGUCAAUUUUCUAAAAUCAACUGUGUGUGCACAAUAUGUUGGUAUUUUUCUUUUCUAAUAAUGUCAAAGAAAAAUAUUAGUACAGUACUGCAAAGUGCAUUUGGUAUUAUGCUUUAAAACAGGCAUGGGCAACCAUGCAGCCUCGACCAAGUGUUUGUGCGGCCCUUGGAGUGAUUGAGAAAUUCUAUUUAAUGUGGCCUGCAGUUCAGGUAGAUGCAGCCAACUUAUGGUGUGUAAAGCAAAAUUUAUUUAAAGAAUAAUCUUCACACACAAUUCGUUGCUGUUUCAUCACCUAAGGGUAAGUAACUUCAAAACUGUAACAUUUAAAUUAGUAUAAAUAGUCAACAAUAUAAACAUCUUAACUUGUGUCAGUCAAGUUUGGCACGGUCUAUUUGAUGGAUUAGCUGCUAUAUGGCAGUGGGUCACUUAGGAAUUAACAAAGGUUGGGUAAGUCCAAGUGGGGUCACGGGUAAUGAUCACACAGGGUAUAACUAAUUAAAUACUUCUUAAAUUGCACCUCAGACCCAUAGUUGGCGAAUAAGUAGGUUAGAAAUAUUUUUUUUAAAUAUUCCAAGUGUCAUUACGACCACUUAAAACCCAGCAAUUGAUUUGUGAACCAUAAAUUUAGAAUUGGCAUGCUCAGGUGUUCCUAUACUGAGAUUUUCAACAAAAUCAAGUUUUUGGCCCAAACCAAAAUAUUAAGCUUUGUCUUAAUAAUUUUUCGACCAAAAUAUACUUUUCUAUCUUAAUUGGAAUUUAAUAAGUACACGUAACUGAUUAAAUACUUCCAGUAAAACACAAACGCCAAAAUUGCAUCUCGGAAACCCAUAGUUGGUGAGUAAUUAGCAUUCAAAUAAUAUUAAUAUCUUGCAAAUGUCAUUACAACCACUAAUUAUAGGUUAUUUCAUUAUAGUUCCCCCAUAUUUCAAGAUUAACAUUGGCAUUAUUCUGGUGGGUGUCUCAUAAGCAAGAAAAAAUGCUGUAAUUGUAGGAAAAAUCAACAUAUUCACAGACUGUUUCACUUCUCUUGUUAAAUGCCAAGAAACUUUAACAUCCAGUAUUACCUAAAAAAAAUUAUUUUAAUGGAUUUGUUUUGUAAAUGGAAAAAAGACAAAGUAAACUAAAAAUAUCGUAAGGUGGACGCGAGGAUAAACUGCUUCACUGUCCGUGCUAAUACAAUAUUAACAUUACUUUUGGGUUAGGUAGGAUGUAAAUUUGGGUAGGUUGGCCCACAGAAAAAUAUCUAAAUCGUAAUGCGGUCCAUGACUGAGGAAAGGGUGCUCAUGCCUGCUUUAAAAGUUAUACGUAUUAUAAUUUAAAAGACAGCUUUAUAACAGUGAUUUUCAUGUGCUGUGAAAAAAUAUUGCUUGCUAAUGUAAGUGGUGGUUAUGUCAUAUUGAUCCAAAUAGUAAGACAAAUUGUAAAAAAAUAAAAAAUAAAAAGCACUUAAGAUGUAGAGACUUCUUAUAUUUUACUUCUUAAAUAAUGAAUGCCACACAGGUUCUUAGAAAAAUGUUAAUGUUAAAUCACACACAUCUGAUACAGUACUAUAUACUAUUUUGUAUUUAACCUUAGGUAGAAGUUCAUAUUAACUUACAAAUCCCAUUUUAAGCAUCAAGUGGUUUGUUUCAAUUCUUCAUUUAAUUGAUAGGCUGCCUGUAAUGGGAGCCACUAUGACAUGAGCAAACAAAACACCAUGUCUUAUUCAACAAAAUAUGUCCUGGAACUGGAUCAAGUAACUCGUUAGUAGGGCAUUCUAAUACUGGCAGUGCAAGAGCAUAGCAAUUGUAAUACUGUAUUGGUGACCGAAAAUUUAACAGUGGUAUGACAAUGGAUUUUAGUUAUUUGUGAUUACUAAUUACAAGUGGCCUAAAUACACACUGUCAUCUGGUCUCCUAUGUAGGUAGUGCUGAUUGUUCAAAAUUUCUGUGGGGUAUUUCCCAUUGUAUCUUGAAUCUGAAUAUUUUAUAGGCUUUUCUUUUACCUGAAAUUCUGAUAUGUAAGGUUUCACUGUGUAUCAUUUAUGUGGGUUUUAAAUUUAUAUCUGACAAAAUAUUGCAUUAAUCAUAAAAAAUGUAUAUUGCACCAUUAAGUUUAUGAAAUUCUAGUAUUAUUUUGUAGGGGAAAUGUACAUGAAAACUGUUUUUUUACACUUGCAUAUACCUGGUAAGUCAUUUAUGAUGUAUUACUCUUGAUAAAUGCUCACUGACUUUUUUUAAAUAUCAACUGAUUGUGCACUGUAUAUAUAUUAAAAAACACUUAUUAGAAAUUGGAUAACAUAAUUACAGUUUAUUAGGGAGUUCAUUAUGGCAGUUUUUAAUUCAUUACUUUAUAUGCUAAGAUCCAAACUUUUUGCUGCAAAUGCGGUGAUGUUUCACAUGUCAUUUUAGUCUGUCAAAGCUGAACAUAAAGUGGUGAUAAAGAUAUUUAACUGUACUCUGAGUGACUGUAAAUAAUCUAGGUUUUAAAUAGGUUUUUAGACACUGCCACAAACCAAAGUGCCAAAUGUUAUGUAGUAUAAUCAUAUAAAAAUAAUGCUUACUUAUAA